CAGAUAAACCCUACCGAAGAAGAAGAAACGCGUGCCUUGUAGUAGCUGGCAGUUCUCUUUCCAGUUGUCCCAUUCAUUUUCAGUAAAGGCUAUUUUCAAGAAUGCCACCUAAGGGGAAAGGUGGCAAGGAGGCGGGGAAAGGUGCCAAGGAUGGGGGAAAAGGUGGCAAGGGAGGCAAAGGUGGAGCAGCUGCAGGGGGUGGAGACAAAGGAAAACAAGAAGAGAAGGCGAUAAAAGGAGGCACUUCUGUUAAGGUCAGACAUAUCCUGUGUGAGAAACAUGGUAAAUGCAUGGAGGCGAUGGAGAAACUGAAGGCUGGGGUUCGCUUCAGUGAAGUGGCCUCACAGUACAGUGAAGACAAAGCCAGACAAGGGGGUGACUUGGGCUGGAUGACAAGAGGGUCUAUGACUGGACCCUUCCAGGACGCUGCCUUCGCCUUACCCAACAGCACCAUGGACAAACCCAUUUACACAGACCCCCCCGUCAAGACCAAGUUUGGCUACCACAUCAUCAUGGUGGAAGGAAAGAAAUGACCGGAAGGAAAAGACCCACUACUCUUCACUUUGACAUUGGGACACUGCUUUCUCUCAGAGGGGAUGGCACAAUCAAUCACUCAAUUUCUCUGCAGCUUUUCUUCAUUUCUUGCAUAAUUCUUUUUCAUGUCCUGGUUAUGGCACAACAUAAGGUAACAAUGAAAUACUCUGUAAAGAGACAGAGGCUAAUAACACGUAUGUACUCGUGUCUGUAAAUAAAAGGUGGUGAAAUUUG